AUGUCGAACUAUUCCAUCAUCACCGAGUCCUCUAGGAUCCUCAACGAAGUUCUUCUUCGCGAUCCUAAGCUUGGACUUCCAGACUCCUUCAUCAAAGCUGCCGAAAAGCUCAAAUUUGUCAACGAAAAUGACCAACCUUUUGUUCUCACACCUCUCAAGAUCACAGAGUCAAGCACCGCAUUGACUGCUCUUGUAGCCACGGCCGCCAAUGUCGCCGCUGCAGAGCGAUAUGGCAUUGAUUAUCAGGAAGUUGAGAUAAACACUGAUCUCGCAACUUUGUUCCUUGAGUCAGUGCUGCUUCCAACUAUUGGAGGAAAGUCUUUCGUGCAAAGCCCGAGUAUGCUGGCUGAGUUUGCCAAGAUGGACAUCCAUCAAAUGUCGAAGCCAAUCAGACGCUUCGCAACAAACGUCUAUCGUACCAAGGACGGGAGAUGGUAUCAUCUGCAUGGAUCGAUGAAUUCUGCCCCCACGAUGGAGAUGCUUGGUGUUGAAGACACUGAUGUGAACUCUGAAGAGGCGAUCAAGAUAUAUGCUGAAAAGGUUGCGCAAUGGGAUUCUCAAGAGAUUGAGACAACUUCAAAUGAGAAUUUUAAGCAGGCUGGUGUAGUCUGCAAUACGCCCGAUGAGUUCUUCGAAAGCGACCAUGGAAAGAUCAUGUCACAAGAGGCUUUGUGGACGUCAAAGCAACUACCCGCGCCGCGCAAGCCAUGGCCUCAACCCAACGACCCUAAAAGCCUUAGCCCACUCGCCGGCAUCAAGGUUAUUGAUUUCUCGCGCGUGAUCGCAGCCCCAGCUGUCUCCAAAAUUCUGAGUGUUCUCGGGGCUGAUGUCAUUCGCGUUUCGUGUAGCAAAUUGCCCGAGGUUGCCGCAACAAUGGUGGAUCUGCAGAUGGGAAAAAGAGACGUUGAUCUAGAUCUCAAGACUAUGGAUGGUCGCAAAGCCUUUGCGGAGCUUCUCAAAGAAGCUGAUAUUCUCGUCGACGGAUACCGUCCAGGUGCUCUGGCCAAGCUCGGAUUUGACUCGAAGUCUCUUCGUGAGCUGAAUGCAAGCUUGAUCUACAUGAGGGAGAACUGUUAUGGAUUCAAGGGUCCACUUGCGCACCGCUCUGGAUGGCAACAGAUCAGUGACUGCCUGGUUGGUCUGUCUUAUCUACAAGGCAAAUUCCUCGAUCUCGAUGAGGCUAUUGUUCCUCUACUCCCCAAUUCUGAUUACCAAACUGGAUUGGUCGGUGCCGCAGCCGUCAUCCAAGCAUUACUAGCCCGAACGAAAGACGAUGUUACAUUUGACAUUGACAUUAGUCUAACACAAUACAACAUCUGGUAUUACAAUCUUGGUUUGUACUCCGAAAAACAACAGAAGACGCUCAGAAACCGGGACUUGGAGUUCAAUCCUCGUCAUUACGAUGAUAUGGGAGUGCUUAUUGUCAAGACCCAUCAAUCGCUCCAGAAGACACGUCCAGAGAUGUUCAAACAUGGUGAACACUUCUGGGACAUGAGUGGAAAGGAUUGGGGUCUUGAUGAGGAUUUUAAAGUCUUGGCCCCGGCGUUCACAUUCGAGAAAUCGGAGAUUGGGUGGAAGAUUCCGAGUGGUCGAAGGGGGAGGUCGAAGGCUGAGUGGGCUUCUUGA